UUGGCGGCAACCUCAGAGAGGUUGGUCGUAGGUAAUUUUUGGUACAAAAAAAACUUCGUCGAAUUAACGACACACACUCGUCACAAUUAUUUAUCGUAGACAAUUGAUACUUAAGAUUCCAUAAACUACUGUGUUAUCGAAGGAUAAACCUUUAAUCUGUUAAGUAAAUAAUCCAUAAACCGGCAGGAUAUCCGGCUGUUUUGGUGUAAUAAUAACGUGCCCCAACAGAUAUUUGUGAUCAUGGCGGUGCCCGCGGCCGGUGUUGUCGUUCCGAGGAACUUUCGUCUAUUAGAGGAGCUAGAGCAGGGACAGAAAGGGGUAGGGGAUGGAACUAUCAGUUGGGGACUGGAGAACGAUGAUGACAUGACUCUCACUCACUGGACUGGGAUGAUUAUAGGACCGCCCAGGACGCCAUACGAGAAUAGAAUGUAUAGUUUAAAGAUAGACUGUGGUCAGCGAUAUCCUGAUGAUGCUCCAAACGUGAGAUUUCUGAGCAGGAUUAAUAUGAACUGCAUCAACAUUACCACUGGAGCGGUAGUGGACAAUCGCAGUGUACCAGUACUGGCAAAGUGGCAACGCGAGUACACAAUCAAGACAGUUCUUCAAGAGUUACGCCGUUUAAUGACACUCAAAGAAAACAUGAAACUGUCCCAGCCACCAGAGGGUAGUACCUUUUAGCCUAACAACAACCAUAAUUCUUCGCAUCUUCCUUAUUGCAGUGGCAUGAGACAACAUCUAGUUACCAAAUGAUUAAAAGAAUGACACAUAUUGUUUGAUUUUUAACUCAUUGGUGCCCAUGUCUCUAACCCUGAGUGGAAUUUAUAAGGAAUGAAAAAAAACGUCAAGUUAAGGGUAGAGGAAUGAUUAAAUCAUGAGGAAAUAUUAAUUAUCAAUCUAGCACAUACCACACACACACUCAUGUACAACAGAUACAGUUGAAAUAUAUAUAGAUAUAUAACUCCAUCGACACCUUUCAUUUUGGCAAAGGUGGUCCAAAAUCGUAUUUUCAAACUUAACGAGAGAAUAAAAACGAAAUUAAUAAUUUUCAGAUAAUUGUCAGAGAAAAAAAAAAGAAUUGAAAUUGAGUGGAAUGGGAACGCGAUAUAACAAGAAUUUAAUAAAUAACAUCGUAAUUAGUAAAAACGUCUUGUGCUUUUCAAAAAUUAUCCGAAUUGAAAAUAAUUAAAGAUUAAUUAAGUCAUGAGGUGAAAAUUCACUCAAUUUUUACGUGAAAUAUUGAAUUAUUGCUUUCUUUCUCACGGUUUCGCUGCUCCAUCAACCUCGAUAUCUCGACCCUUUAUGCACUUUCUCACUCCUAAAUGCUGGAGGAACAUUUUAAACUACUGUGGAAAGGCUAAAGAUCUAGAUAGAAAGUUUUCUUUUGAUCCACAUUGAAAUUAAUAAUGAAUGAUUGAGGGAUUUGGGAUGUCGUGCGGUCGAGGCCUUCAACACGUGCAUUCAACGCGACCGUUACGAUAGCAAAGUCAUGCCUUAAAUCACCGAGAAUAACUCCACUCGUAACAGGACGUAGCUUUCCAACUAUGUUAAUGUAAUGGAAGAGAAGAAUGAACUUGUGAAUUACUUAAGAUAAAAAGCCAGAUGGAGGAUUUUUUUAAUAAUUCCGAUGAAAUACGUUCACUUAUGUUUUACUAGCAAAAAAAAAGAUAAACUUGAUGAGAAAAAAGCAAUUAUUAAUGCAAUAAUAAAGGUAUCCCUAGGCUAUACCAAAUUAAUAAUUAAUCAAUAAAGAAACAUUUUCAAGUGAUAGUGAUAAAUGAGAUUACACUAAGACCAAAGGAUCGAUGAGAGAAUGUCUUUUCGAGAAUGUCGCUAAUAAUUUGCUGAUAUUUUUGUUUCUUUCAUUAUCACUAAAGUGUUGGCUUCGCAAAUUUAAUAGAAAAAAUAUGGAGAAGAAUAAAUAAAAGGAACUGCUCUUUCA